AUGUCCAAUUUGGAUUUCUGCACUAUUUACACAACAACAGGGCAGAUCGAUCAACUCACCUAUGCACAGAAGGCAGCAGAUUCUGGAGACACCUGUAUUGGAAUGAAAAGCAGGCACGGGGUGGUUUUAUUAGCAGAAAAGCCUAAGAUAUCGCCUCUUUAUGUGGCGGAGUCUGAUGAAAAGAUAAGAAAGGCUGGGAACUCUGUUGCUGUAGCAUGUACCGGGCUCAUAUCAGAUGCAUUUUACGUUGGGUAUGCUAUCAAGGACCAUGUAUUUCAUCACAAGGAAAACUUUAAUGAAGAUCCUACGCCUGAAAUCAUGAAAGUUUAUCUGAAUGAUAUAUUUCACUACUUCACUAGAAGCAUCAGCCUUAGGGUUCUGGGAGUAAACUCUCUAACAAGUGUAUACAAGGAAGGUAGGUUCUCAUUGCUACAUACAGAUUGUUCUGGAAAAACACUCUUCUAUAAGGCAGCCUGUAUAGGGAGGGGAACGAGAAGGAUUAAGACCGAGCUUGAGAAGCUAGACAUCGACAACAUGACCAUUGAGGAAAUGGUGGAUGCCGGGGUAAAGGUACUGUACAUGGCCCAUGAUCCUUCCAAAGACAAGGAGUUUGACAUUGAAAUCGGAGUUGUAUCCACGGAGACCGGUGGAAAGAUGAGGAAGCUUAGGAACAGCGAGAUACAAGUAUUUGUUGAUAAGUAUAAGCACAUUACUGUUGACGAGGACUAG